GCUCUUCUUUUCCUCCGGGAAAAGAAACGGGAAGUGGCCGUGGGCCGGGGAAUUCCGUGUAGUGGCCAAGCUUUGUUCCAAAGAGGGGGAGGUGGUGACAGUCUCUUGCCCACUGAUGUGUGCCAGACAGAGCGCCAGGCAUGGGGGCAGAGGUGAAUCAGAUGACAGCCACCUCUCACCAUGAGGAGUGGCUGAAAGUGUGACUGGACUACAGGCAAUCCUGGCCUUGGCAGGGAGUGGGGCCGGCCAGCAGAAACAGUGGGCUGUACAACAUCACCUUCAAAUAUGACAAUUGUACCACCUACUUGAAUCCAGUGGGGAAGCACGUGAUUGCUGACGCCCAGAAUAUCACUAUCAGCCAGUAUGCUUGCCAUGACCAAGUGGCAGUCACCAUUCUUUGGUCCCCAGGGGCCCUCGGCAUUGAAUUCCUGAAAGGAUUUCGGGUAAUACUGGAGGAGCUGAAGUCGGAGGGAAGACAGUGCCAACAACUGAUUCUAAAGGAUCCGAAGCAGCUCAACAGUAGCUUCAAAAGAACUGGAAUGGAAUCUCAACCUUUCCUGAAUAUGAAAUUUGAAACGGAUUAUUUUGUAAAGGUUGUCCCUUUUCCUUCCAUUAAAAACGAAAGCAAUUACCACCCUUUCUUCUUUAGAACCCGAGCCUGUGACCUGUUGUUACAGCCGGACAACCUGGCUUGUAAACCCUUCUGGAAGCCUCGGAACCUGAACAUCAGCCAGCAUGGCUCGGACAUGCAGGUGUCCUUCGACCACGCACCGCACAACUUCGGCUUCCGUUUCUUCUAUCUUCACUACAAGCUCAAGCACGAAGGACCUUUCAAGCGAAAGACCUGUAAGCAGGAGCAAAAUACAGAGACGACCAGCUGCCUCCUUCAAAAUGUUUCUCCAGGGGAUUAUAUAAUUGAGCUGGUGGAUGACACUAACACAACAAGAAAAGUGAUGCAUUAUGUCUUAAAGCCAGUGCACUCCCCGUGGGCCGGGCCCAUCAGAGCCAUGGCCAUCACAGUGCCACUGGUGGUCAUAUCGGCAUUCGCGACGCUCUUCACUGUGAUGUGCCGCAAGAAGCAACAAGAAAAUAUAUAUUCACAUUUAGAUGAAGAGAGCUCUGAGUCUUCCACAUACACUGCAGCACUCCCGAGAGAGAGGCUCCGGCCACGGCCGAAGGUCUUUCUCUGCUAUUCCAGUAAAGAUGGCCAGAAUCACAUGAAUGUCGUCCAGUGUUUCGCCUACUUCCUCCAGGACUUCUGUGGCUGUGAGGUGGCUCUGGACCUGUGGGAAGACUUCAGCCUCUGUAGAGAAGGGCAGAGAGAAUGGGUCAUCCAGAAGAUCCACGAGUCCCAGUUCAUCAUUGUGGUUUGUUCCAAAGGUAUGAAGUACUUUGUGGACAAGAAGAACUACAAACACAAAGGAGGUGGCCGAGGCUUGGGGAAAGGAGAGCUCUUCCUGGUGGCGGUGUCAGCCAUUGCUGAAAAGCUCCGCCAGGCCAAGCAGAGUUCAUCCGCGGCGCUCAGCAAGUUCAUCGCCGUCUACUUUGAUUAUUCCUGCGAGGGAGACGUCCCCGGUAUCCUAGACCUGAGUACCAAGUACAAACUCAUGGACAAUCUUCCCCAGCUCUGUUCCCACCUGCACUCCCGAGACCACGGCCUCCAGGAGCCGGGGCAGCACGCGCGACAAGGCAGCAGAAGGAACUACUUCCGGAGCAAGUCAGGCCGGUCCCUAUACGUCGCCAUUUGCAACAUGCACCAGUUUAUUGACGAGGAGCCCGACUGGUUCGAAAAGCAGUUCGUUCCCUUCCAUCCUCCUCCACUGCGCUACCGGGAGCCAGUCUUGGAGAAAUUUGAUUCAGGCUUGGUUUUAAAUGAUGUCAUGUGCAAACCAGGGCCCGAGAGUGACUUCUGCCUAAAGGUAGAGGCGGCCGUUCUUGGGGCAACCGGACCAGCCGACUCCCAGCACGAGAGUCAGCAUGGGGACCUGGACCAAGACGCGGAGGCCCGGCCUGCCCUUGACGGUAGCGCCGCCCUGCAACCCCUGCUGCACACGGUGAAAGCCGGUAGCCCCUCGGACAUGCCGCGGGACUCGGGCAUCUACGACUCGUCUGUGCCCUCAUCCGAGCUGUCUCUGCCACUGAUGGAAGGACUUUCGACGGACCAGACAGAAACGUCUUCCCUGACGGAGAGCGUGUCCUCCUCUUCAGGCCUGGGUGAGGAGGAACCUCCUGCCCUUCCUUCCAAGCUCCUCUCUUCUGGGGCGUGCAAAGCAGAUCUUGGUUGCCACAGCUACACUGAUGAACUCCACGCGGUCGCCCCUUUGUAACAAAACGAAAGAGUCUAAGCAUUGCCACUUUAGCUGCUGCCUCCCUCUGAUUCCCCAGCUCAUCUACCUUGUUGCAUGGCCCACUUGGAGCUGAGGUCUCAUACAAGGAUAUUUGGAGUGAAAUGCUGGCCAGUACUUGUUCUCCCUUGCCCCAACGCUUUACCGGAUAUCUUGACAAACUCUUCAAUUUUCUAAAAUGAUAUGGAGCUCUGAAAGGCAUGUCCAUAAGGUCUGACAACAGCUUGCCAAAUUUGGUUAGUCCUUGGAUCAGAGCCUGUUGUGGAGGUAGGGAGGAAAUAUGUAAAGGAAAACAGGAAGAUACCUGCACUGAUCAUUCAGACUUCAUUGAGCUCUGCAAACUUUGCCUGUUUGCUAUUGGCUACCUUGAUUUGAAAUGCUUUGUGAAAAAAGGCACUUCUAACAUCAUAGCCACAGAAAUCAAGUGCCAGUCUAUCUGGAAUCCAUGUUGUAUUGCAGAUAAUGUUCUCAUUUAUUUUGAUGUAGAAUUUACAUUGCCAUGGGUGUUAAAUAAGCUUUGAGUCAAAAGUCAAGAAAGUGACUGAAUAUACAGUCACCUUUUAUGAAAUGAGUCUCUGUGUUACUGGGUAGCAUGACUGAUUGAGGUGAAGCUCACAGGGCCAGGCUGACCGUCUUGACCAUUCCACUUGAGAUAGGUUGGUCAACGUGCAGAAGGCCCCAGGACCUCAGCACACACAGCCUCCUCUUGGUCUGAGUAGGCAUCAUGCGGGGGCCAGAUCUGCCUGCUAUUUCCAUGGGUUACAUUUACUGUGCUGUAUCUCAGAUGUUGGUGUCUGGAAGUUUAUUCUUAAGAGACUGCUACCCAGCUGGUCUGUAUUAUUUGAAGUUGCAGUUCGUGCUUUGGUUGGCCUUCUGGUCUAAAGCUGUGUCCUGAAUAUUAGGGAUCAGAAUUCACUGAAAUACAGCAGUGUGUGGAGGUGAUGGCCAGUUAAUCUGCUGAACUGGUUUUGACUAAUGAAAAACCUCUUUUUAAGACGGUAGAAUGGAGGUGAUAGUCACAAAAGUAAGUGUUCCAUUUUUAUGAAGGACUUUCUACAGAGUUUCUAUUUCUAAAGAAAAAGCAAUUGUUCACAUCCCAUCUGAUGAUUAGCAUGUGUGUAAUGAAUGCUGUCUUGGUCUCCCCUGUGGAAACCCUUCUCCCCGUGCCUUAGAGCAGGUGUGGACAUCUCUCACUACCUUUCUCAUGGGUGCUAUUAGAUUUUGGCACCCCGUUUUCUCAGCAUUCAGCCCAGGGAAUGUGGUUUUCACUCCUUCGUCAGAUAAGACCAACAUGAAGGGGUAUAUGGAGAAACAUGCUGAGGCAGGGUGGGAGGUGGGAUGGGGCAGGGCUUUCCCUUACAAGCACAUGCAUGGCAGGUGGGGAAAGGGGGGCUUGCACCCCUGCUGGAAAGAAAAGGUUUGUGUAUAUUUCUGAUGCAAAUGUCAUACUCACUGCUCUGUAAAGGCAGCUGGCAGCUUUUUGGGAGAAGAACGUGCUCAUCUGUUCUCUGGCAUCAAGUUUCUUGCAGCUGCUCUGAGGGAGAGACAGUGAGCUGCAAGACUGCCUCCCCGUAAAAACAGGCAACUCAGAGAAGAGUCAUUUCAUGUUGUUCCUAUGGAAUCUGGAAUGAGUGCAGAGCUCCUACCCAUACACGACUGCCCGGCCAUUUCAUCCUAGGCAUUCUGUGAAGGAGAUUGGUUAGUCCAAACUUGCUAACAUACGAAAAUUCACUUGGAACAUGAUGAGAAAUUUCUUACCGAGGCCAAGAGAUGUUUCCUGUCCCAGAGGAACCAUUAGGAGUCACUUUUAGGGUAUUCAGCUUUGCUCAUUAAAUAAGGCAUCUCUGAGAAAGUGGCCCCAGGGAGAGAAUGGAGGACUGGGAGGAGAAGCAUUAACUGAGCUCCAAGGGCGUGUGGGCAGAGAGCUUGCUAUGUGAACUCACUCCUUAAGAAAACGGAAGAGAAAAAGAGAGUGCUAGUUAAAAAAUCAGGAUGUUUUAGUUUGGAUGUAGGGUUUUGAUACUUAUGUUGAAAUACUAGUGUUUUUGAUCAACAAAAUCAAACUCUUAAUAUACCAAGUAAUGAAAUGACAGUGUGAUUGUCUCAGAAUAAAUUGAGAAGUCCAA